AUGCAAGCGCCAUUGCCAAAACAAGCAAGCGCCCUGGAACAUCCCACCCAACCACCCACCCCUGUUAAUCAAUGGCAAUACCUACAAUCUGACUCUGCCUCCACGACAGAGAUCUCAGUGAAUGGAGUUAGGACCCUGGACAGUGGUUAUAAGAUCAUGGCUACUCCUGCCGGAGGUUUCCCAAUCCCCCAAUUAGGCCAAUCUACCUGGUGUAAUGUCUCCCAAGUCCUGAAAAAACAAUGGCCACAGAAAGAGGGAGCUAAAGCCUGGGUCUGCUCGUCCGCAGACGUUUCUUGCUUCUUUGUCCCCUUCGAGCAACCUCUCCCUAUAUACAUGUUCACCCUGGAGAACUUCUCCUUCCCAGACUCUGAUGCCACCAACAGAGACAUUGCCGAGAUCAUCAAAGACACCAUCCAUUCUAACCCUGACGUAAUGCAGUUCAUUCACGACAACAUUCCACUCCCGGAUGCUGAAGCAGCCUUACGCACUAUUGAGUUGGUCAGGGUUUCGAGCAUUAGUCUCGCCCUCUCUAAAUCCGUAAAAGAGACAGUCUGGAAUAUCUACUUCGAUUCCCCUCCCGCAUUUACGCUGAAACAAUACUUUGACUGGACGACCCUCAUGCGUACAUUCUUCUACAUCUCCAAAGACUAUGGGUAUGGCACAGCCCACCAAGAUGCCCAAUUCGUUUGCAUGGGCUGCAAAUCCUUCAACCACCCCACUGGUCUAUGCCCCUUCCCCAAAAUCCCGGGAUGGUUUGGUCCAUCUGUCACUGAAGAUAAGGACACCUCCAAUGUCACCUUGGACAACCACAUUAUGACAAGCCAUGGCAAGGGAGCCUUGAGCGGUAGCUCUACCCGCGGAAACAGAGGCUUUACUAGAGGUCAUACCUGCGGACAUACAAGGAGAGGGAGAGGCAAGGCUGACGACACUCACCUCAACAAGGAGCAUACUGCUCAACACAACCGCAUAACCCAGAAUGCCGAGCCCACAAGCUCACAAGCACCACCAAAUGCUGCGUCCGCUACACCACCGGAUGUCCUCGACUCACCAUCAGGACCUGUGCCAAACUUGCACCCUAAACACUGCUCCAAAGGCAAGAAAUCGUGUGCGAACAUUAAAGUCGCCACCCUGAACAUGAGAGGCAGAUGGCAUAACAGCUCUGAUAAAUGGUCACAUGUAAAUCAAAUAAUGAAAGACCAAAAACUCGGCAUAUUAGCGCUACAAGAAACUCACCUAACCAAAGAGGAGGAAUCAGCCCUUAAUCUAAUGCCUGGUCUACGUCUCUGCGUCAUAUCAUCCAUAGACCCAGCACAUACAAAUGCCAAAGGAGUGGCCAUAGCUAUCAAUAAGAACUUAAUGAAUACGUCAGGAAUAAAGAUUCAUGAACUCGUACCUGGACGAGCACUAUUUGUGAUAAUACCCUGGCAAAAGAACAACACCUUCAAGAUCCUCGCAGUCUAUGCCCCAAACAACCCACAAAACAACCAAUACUUCUGGGAACACAUACUUUCGAAACUCAGGGGACUACCCAACCCCGACAUCAUGCUCAGAGAUUUCAACAUGGUGGAAGAUGCACUAGACCGCCUGCUGCCAAAACAAGACUCGUCAGGAUCAACCUCAAAACUCAAUGAUCUUAAAACUCACCUGAAACUUAGAGAUGGUUGGCAAUUAGAACACCCGGAUACUCUGCAAUACACCUUUGCACAAUCAGCACACCAAGGCGGAUGCCAGUCCCGCAUAGACCGCAUCUACGUAAAAGACGAACUCCUACCUUUCAGUCGAGAUUGGGACAUAACCCCCCUGGACUGCACACUAAUCACCAAUUAG